AUGGCGGUUUUUACAUUGAUAAUUGGUGGUUUUUUGGGGGUUUGGCUUUUAAUUUCUUAUCUUUUAAAUUGGAAUGAAAUGAAGUAUAAGAAAAAAGGAUUACCUCCUGGUACCAUGGGCUGGCCACUUCUUGGUGAGACCACUAACUUCCUCAAAAAAGGCCCAAGCUUUAUGAAAAAUCAAAGAACAAGGUAUGGAAAUGUAUUCAAAUCCCAUUUAUUGGGAUGCCCUACAGUUGUAUCAAUGGAUCCAGAGACGAAUGCAUACAUCCUCAUGAAUGAAUCCAAAGGGUUUGUUCCAGGCUAUCCACAAUCCAUGGUUGACAUUUUAGGAAAAUCAAACAUUGGUUCUGUUCAAGGGGUUGAUCACAAGAACAUUAGAGGUUCAUACCUACAUCUUAUGAACCCUACCAUCAUCAAACACAAAAUCAUCCCACAGAUUGAUGAUUUCAUCAGAACCUAUCUGAGUACUUGGACUAAUCAAGUCAUUGACAUUCAAGAAAAAACAGAACAGAUGACUCAUCUAUUAUCACUUAAACAGUUUGCUGGGAACGAAUCAACCCCAUUAUCAAAGGAACUCAACACUGAAUUCCUUAAACUUGUGUUGGGAACUUUUUCACUUCCUAUCAACCUACCAUGCACAAACUACCGCCGCGGUUUACAUGCAAGAAAGAAAAUAGUUAAAAUUGUAAAGCAAUUGAUUGAGGAUAGAAGAAAUUCGGACAAAACCCAUGAAGAUAUGCUUAGUUUAUUAAUGAAUGGUGAUGAAAAUCGAUAUAAAUUGAAUGAUCAAGAAAUAAUCGAUCAAGCUAUCACGAUCUUCUAUUCAAGAUAUGAGACGGUAUCAACUACUUCUAUGAUGGCUGUCAAGUAUCUCCAUGAUCACCCAGGAGUUCUUGAAGAACUUAGAAAAGAACAUAUAGAAAUCAGAGAGAAGAAAAAGCCUCAAGACCCACUUGAUUGGGAUGACUAUAAGUCCAUGAGAUUCACUCGUGCGGUCAUACUUGAGACAUCAAGAUUGGCUACAAUAGUGAAUGGGGUUUUGAGGAAAACUACAAAGGAAGUGGAACUCAAUGGCUAUAUAAUUCCCCGUGGAUGGAAAAUAUAUGUGUAUACAAGGGAAAUCAAUUAUGACCCAUGUCUAUUUCCAAAUCCAUAUACUUUCAAUCCAAGUAGAUGGCUGCAGGAUGAAACCUUGGAAGCCCGAAAUUACUCUUUCAUGUUUGGAGGCGGCACCCGCCUUUGUCCUGGAAAGGAACUUGGCAUUAUUGAAAUCUCGACGUUCCUUCAUUAUUUCGUUACUAAUUACAGAUGGGAAGAAAUAGGAGAACACAAAAUAACCAAGUUUCCAAGAGUUGAAGCAAUAAAUGGACUACACAUAAGAGUUUCUACUCGCUAAUGCCAACUUCAUAUGUUUCAUCAAAUCCUUCAAUAAAAAGAAACACCGGUUAAUAAAACCAACCCAUUGGUGGAGAUUUAAUAUUUCAUACACAAGGACCAUUUUUUGGUUUAUUGUAUUACUUAUUUAUUUA